GGGCCGGUAUCAUCUUCUUCUCUGUCUAUAUUUUCGACAUUUUGGUCCAAAUUUGACCUACUUUGCACAAUCUUUGCAUUCUUUCACAUUGCUUGUCUUUAUUCUCUACGCCUUAAGAUAUAUUGGUUGACCAGCAGUUCACCGUAUAAUCGAGGUACUCUCCAGCUAGACGCAUCACGAAGCUAACGGCGCCCUUUUGGGAUUCGAUUCUCUUGACGGCAGGAACGGGUGGAUUCUUGGGUUAAAUUCACAGCCACAGCUUUCUUAUUUCUAAUUAUCAUGGCUAUUACGGCAGAUCCUCCAAGAGAUGUCCCCUUUACUCGACUGGAGAACGCUUGCAAGAUAGAGGACUUUUCUAGAUGGCGACCCACGUAUCAUCUGAUGCCUCGUCAAAACUGGGCCAACGACCCCUGCGGACCCUGCUACAUUGAUUCGGAUGGCGGUUAUUAUCAUAUAGCCUUUCAAUGGAACCCAUACAGCUGGGAUUGGGGAAAUAUGUCUUGGGGCCACGCCUUGUCUCGCGACUUAGUGCAUUGGCAAGUGUCCUCGCAGCCAUCCAUCCAACCCUCCGUUGAGGAUGAUCCUUGUGGAGUAUUUACAGGCUGCACACUAUCAGUGAACCCGCUAGGAGUAUCCGAUAAGACCUUAACAAGCUUCUAUACUUCGGCACAACACACACCAAUCCACUGGACUCUGCCUUAUCGUAAAGGUAGCGAGCUGAUCCGUAUGGCGACCUCUGAAGACUACGGUAGAACAUGGAAGCGUUCCCCAAUAAGUUCCUUGGUCUCCGGUCCGCCGAAUGAAGUCGAAGUUACCGGCUGGCGGGAUCCCUUCGUCGGUCAGUGGGAGAGCGUCGAUAAGUGCCUCGGUCGACGUACAGGAGACUAUGUAUAUGGAGUGAUUGCUGGAGGAAUCCGCCAAUAUUCGCCAACGAUCUUCCUCUAUUCUAUCGACGCGCGUGAUCUUACUCAGUGGAAUUACCUCUGCAUGCCCUUCGCCCCCGGCACAAACUUUGCGCCUUCGUCCAGAUUGCCUGACUUUGGAAGUAACUGGGAGGUCACCAAUUUCAUGACUCUGCGAGACAAUUUGGGAAAUGACCACGACGUGCUUGUCAUGAGCGUUGAAGGGGGGUUAACCAAACCGGAACGUUUUACCGAAGCAGCUUGUGUAUUCGAAGAUCAGCCAAAAAAGGUACGAAGAUCUGAAAGAUUCCAAAACUGGCUCUGCGCCCGGGUAAAAAGGAAAACAAGUGAAGCUUUCAGCAGCGACCAACCUUCAGUGGUGCUGGAUUUCCGAUUUGGCGGCUGCCUUGAUUUUGGUUGCUUCUAUGCCGCCAACUCCUUUUACGACCCAGUAACAGAUAACCGGAUCAUUUAUGGCUGGAUUACCGAAGAUGAUCUUCCAGUAAACCUGACAGAAAGACAAAAAUGGAGUGGCCUACUGUCUCUACCUCGGGUGCUAGGGAUGAGAUGUAUUGAUCGAGUUGUUUCUGCCAGCCGUUCGGAUCUGCUAACCCUUGAUUGGAUCCACUGCUCUCAAUCUCAAGACGGUACUUUCAUUGUCACAACAUUGACUUCCUCCCCAGACUCUCGCCUGACUGCUCUACGUCGAAACGAGAAGAGGCUAUCUAAUCUGCCAGCAAACCUGGACAGGCAUCUUGACGAUGGAAAUCCUACAAUUAAUCCUUAUUUUUUGCCCUUUCAAACAAAGAACCUCGAAGUUAUGGCUUCGUUAACUGUCACAGGAGAUGUGGAACAAAUUGGUCUCGAACUAUACCUAUGCCCUCGUCGGUUGAGCAAAGUAUCAAUCUUUUUUGAUCCAAGAAAGGAAGUAGUGGUCGUCGAGCGUUACAAAGUACAUACGGGUUACCUGGAAGGGUGUGUGGACAUAAAUACAGAUCCUGUAGUAGCUCCACACACCUUAUUCUCGACGCAGGACCCAUCAAAUCAACUGAUCAAAUCAGAGGCACUUAAUAUUCACAUUUUCUUUGAUGUAAGUGUACUCGAGGUUUUUAUCAAUGAGCGCGUCGCCAUCACCAGUCGAAUAUACCCCGAGAGUGGCAGGUGCUUUGGCGUUCUACCGUUUGUAAGAUAUGCUCAGAGGCCAUUGGGCAAUGAGAGAGCUGCCAUUAUGGAGUGUACAUGCUGGGAGGUACAACCCUCGGUGACUUGGAUUAAAUGAUUUGUCACUGUCCCUGACAGUUAUUAUGGCAUGAGGAGCAUAAGAUACUACCGAGGAAUUGUGGUAUGGUAAUAGCUAGUGGCUUAAAGUACACUUUUAUUUCAGAAUAUAUUUGUGCGUUUUACUUCCC